AUGCGCGACACGUGGAACGAAGAGAUCUACGGCCCUCUCGCGGCGCUCGUUGAACAGGGUACAGACACGAAAGCGUACAAGAAUCGCUUGUCUGGAUUCACGGCAGACACAGAGACGGACAACGCCCUAAAGUUGAGGGGCAUCCAAACGCUCAUCUUUGCUGGCUGCAACACGGACCAGUGUGUUGCUGCGACCCUCAUGGACGCGGCGUGGCUGAACUAUGACUGCAUCUUGCUGAGCGAUUCGACGGCGAUGACAAGUCCGAAGUUUGCGCAGGAGGCGGUGGAAUAUAACAUGGAGGGGCUGAGCUUCAAGAUGACGUGCGAGGGCCUGGUCAAUGGGACCUUGGAGACUGAAUGA